ACCAAAAUUUCAAAACGACGUCGUAUCACAAACCACUAGGUUAAAUAGCUCCAAAAUCCGAUCUAAAAGUCUUCACUGCAAGGAAGAAAAAAUCGGAGAUCGUACCUCUUUUGGGUUCUUCGAAUUCUACACCAAUUUUCCGUUUCGUAUCACUAUGAUUGAUGACCAGGACCUCGGCUUCUUCGCCAACUUUCUUGGUAUCUUUAUCUUUGUGCUGGUCAUCGCUUACCAUUAUGUGAUGGCAGAUCCAAAAUAUGAAGGCAACUGAAAGUUGCUUAUUCGAAAUGAGCUUCGGCAACAAUAGUUAUGUUAGUUGCUUAUUUCAAAUUAGCUUCGGCAACAAUAGUUAUGUUCAUUUGCCUUUGGCCGCUCUAUAUGAUAGAUAUUGAGUUUUGAUGUGGUGAAAACAUUUAUUACUGGGCAUUGAGUUGUAUCUGACUGCUUCCGGUCCAUAGAUAGCUUGGCUAAAACUAUUGAUCGGUACAUUGCUGUCUCUGUGAUUUGCACCUCUAAAGGACUAAACGUUAGUGGCACUAAAGAUUUGGAACUUCCAACAUUAAUAAAGAUCCAUAGUUGCCUGCA